AUGGGCUCUGGUAAAAGAGUUUCGAUCGUAGCUGAGCCGCAGGCUAGAACUAGAUCCAGCAAUGUGUCAUUUACGCCGGCCAAAACUCACGAUAUGGUGAGAUCGCUUUUCGAUCCCACAUUGAAAAAAUCGUUUUUGGAGUGUUGUAUCAGCUUAACUUUGAUUGGGAACGCCUUGUUGUGCUACUACAUGGCUCACAAACUAGGUGUUCCUUUUACUAAAAAGUUUUUCCUUUGGCAGUACAUUUUUUGGAGGUUGUGUUACAAUUUGGGGAUAGGUAUAGUCUUGCAUUUCCAGUCGAAAUAUGAAGUGUUGACCAAUUAUGCUAAAGACCGUGCGCUUUUUUCAAAGAAGAACUCUGGAUGGCUUGCCAAAUUUUGCCAAUUUGAAAUUAAUACCAAAAUGCCUUCCUCGUACAAAAUUGAGUCCUAUCCGGAAGAGUUCAACGUAUGGCUUUUGUUCCGUCAAAUUGUUGAUCUUAUUUUGAUGCAAGAUUUCACCACUUACAUCCUUUUCGUUUGUCUUUCCAUGCCGAGUUCUCUUUUUGCCAGCUACAAUGUUAAGAUGUUUCUCGGAGUGGCUAUGAUAGUUUUCAACAUUUGGGUCAAACUGGAUGCGCAUCGUGUGGUUAAAGACUAUGCAUGGUACUGGGGCGUAUUUUUUUUCUUUCAAGAUUCGAAGUUGGUAUUCGAUGGUGUUUUUAACAUUUCACCUCAUCCCAUGUAUUCUAUUGGCUACCUUGGUUACUACGGAUUGAGCCUGAUUUCCGGUGAUUACAAGGUCCUUCUCAUUUCUUUGUGGGGUCAUUUACUACAAUUCCUGUUCCUCAAGUAUUGUGAGAACCCCCAUAUUGAGAAAAUUUAUGGUUCAGAAGAUGCAAGCGACAGUAACCGGCAAAUUGACGAUCUCUUGAGAAAAGAAAACCAGAAUUAUGCCAAACCUUUGAUAACGAAGGGACUUUGGUUUAUGAACUUCGAUUUUUUGAGGAUUUCCGACUAUUUUACUGUGUUAACAGCACUCGGGGCAAUAGGUGUUGUCUUUGUUAUUCAACCUUCGGCCAAUUCUUUGUUUCUUGCAACGAGUGCUGUCAAGCUCCUGACGUUUUCGAUUUUGUCCUUUAUUCUAUACAAGCAAUCGACCUCCAAGUGGUUCACGAAGCUUUUCCUGGAGAAUGGUUACACUCAGCUUUACUCGUAUCAGCAAUGGCAAUUCAUUUACAAUUUUUGCACUACAAUGUCUUAUGUCUUCCUCAUCCUACAAACAUGGUUCCAAUUUAGGCUAUACAAGUCCAGAGAUUACACUCAAGUUAUUUUUGGCUUUCUUCUGUGCUCUCUGCAAAAAUGGUGCGACGAUGAGAUUCUCGGAGCAAUAUCAGAAUUCGGCUGGUUUUACGGUGACUUUUUUCUUCCCAAUUACAUCAAUACCCCACGUCUGACUAGUCAAGGUAUCUAUCGUUAUCUCAGCAACCCAGAAAGAUUUUUGGGAGUUGCAGGUGCUUGGGGUGCCGUUUUAAUCACUGAUUUCUCAUUAGAAAGUAUUGUUAUCGCUGGCAUUUGGACCCUGACAAAUAUCUUUCUGGUUAAAUUUAUAGAGGAGCCUCAUAUCGAAAAGGUUUAUGGUCCUUCUGAGAGACAGAGUGGAGUCAAGAAAACGUUAAUGGGUUUCAAAGCUCUUCGAAGAUUUUCCGAAAUACUGGAAAAAGUUGAAACAAAGCUCACGGAAUCCGUCUUGUCAAAUGACGUUUUAACUGACGAUGACGGAUCGCACACAGAUGAGUCUCAAUGGGAAGAGAUAGUUGAAAUUGCCUUGCAGAACGUCACAACCAAUCUUGCUCCAAACUGCGAAAUUGAAGUAGCCGGUCAAUCUUCAAACGCUCUCACGAUACCAGGCCCAAUCAUCGUUACUUGGAAACUGUCUCCUAAAUUCUAUAACAACGACGACUGGCUUGGAAUAUAUCGAGUGUUGGAAACAGGAGAUGACCGUCAUAGAACCAGAAUAUCUUCCAAUGGUCGCUGGACCGCUACUCAAAGGAACGUUUACUCCCUACGCAACAAUGCGGAUGAGUCAGUUUUAUCCUUCAGGAAAACAGUUCAAUUUGUUGAGGGCAAGGUGCAGUUCGACUUCUCGAAGAUGUUUUAUGAAGAAGGCAUAUACGAGGUGAGGUACCAUAGUAAAGGAUCACACAACGUAUUAAUGAUAUCGAAACCUUUUAAACUGUCUUUUCCCCAAAUCGAUGCUUCAACUCCAGCAUCAUUGGCAAAAGAUCUAUUAACCUUCUUGCAGGAAUCGCAGGCAUCAACUUCUCACAAACUGGCGCCAGGGAGAAACAAGCCAUGUUCUCAAAAAUGUCUGAAACAACUUGUCAAAUUCGGAACCGGUGUCGAUCUCUCUACAAAAUUUCUGAAAGAAGUCAAUUACGAUGUUGACGUCAUUUCCCGUCGCGCUUGCGAAAUUAGAGACACUUUGGCGAGCAUGAGUUGA